AUGCACUCUAACGAUAUUGCCAACAACUACGAUUGUACUCCUUUGCUGCCUAGCAAUAAGAACACAAAAUCCGGCAUAGAUCAAAUUACUCCUCCGAAUAACAGGAACUGGCUUAGACGUUUAUUCAAUGCUACGCCACUUCUUGAGAAGACUUUGUCCGCAAUUCGUUCAUCUGGUCAAUCAGGUAAUAAUUCAAAUUGUCAGUGGAAGAAUUCUUGUGGCCAACAAUAUGGAGCUAACGGUGGCUAUGCUUGCGAUAAAGUGUGCAGCACGGUGAAGAUGGAUAUAUCGGAACACUCAACAAAAGUUAUUCGAAUUUACUGGCGUGUCAUGUAA